AUGUCUGCAACCUAUAUUUUCACGACUUCGCCUUGGUCCAAAGAAGCGAUAUCACUCGGUAGUAUUGUGCCAGACAGACGAUGCCCAAACGAGGACAUCAUCAAAGGCGCCGUGACCGAGGAGGAUGUUUCAGUCACUGUCAAUAACAACUUCAAGGGCGUUAUAGAUAAUGGAUCGCAGACAAUCCUGCGAGGAACGAUCGCUGCACUUUGGUUGACGAUUUGCUCGAUCUUCUGGAAGGUGGAAUCCACAGGCAGCUUUGAAAUCUCAGCAAAAGAGGCGCGCUUAUACUCCCUUUCACAGCCAACGGCAAUCUUCCAGAAGCUUUGCGAACUAGACCAUGUUCGCAAGUUUUUCCAAGAUUGCCAUCGACAGGAAAUCACGCCGGCAUUCGUCACUGGCUAUCGAACCCUUACUGACGCGAAAUUAUUGCAGAAAGGCCAGAGUGUGUCAACUGCUUCUGGUAGUGGCGAUGUUAAGACUGGCGGCAUCGGCAAUGAUCCCAGUGAUGCAGUGAGAUCCACCGUACAAGUAGGCCGAGAGAUGAAUGACGGUCGUUGCCUUGAAUACCAAACAAAAGGGGAGGCGGUCUUUGCAAUCAACUUCCGCAAGAUUCUCAUCAAAGUCCGCAAAAGCGAACUGGUACCCUCACUUGAGCGCCAAACCCCGACUAGCUGGCUUAUUUUCUCCAAUGUCAGAGGAAAGCAAGUCGGGGAGGCAGAAGUGAUUCAGGUCUCCCUCGAUACGAGUGGCGUUGUUAAGGAAAGUGUCUUGGUGUUUGAAGAUGCCGACGGGUCAUUUUUAUCUCUAUCUAAGAGAGAUUUACUUCGGGACGACGACGAUGACGACGAAGACGACAAUGACGAGGAAUAA